GCUUCUGCCUGUUCUUUGAGCCUUCCCUUCUGUACGCGCUGUUGUUGUGAUUAUUGUUGUGUUUAUUGUUGUGAUUAUUGUUGUGCUGAGCGGGAGAACGGCUGAGCUGUGCUACUACUGUGCAUACGGCUGGACCCUGGGCUUUUCAGCUGGAGGUGUGAGCCUUGGGCGUGUGAGCCUGGAGACGUUGGACGACGACGACGUGAAACGAGUGAAGAGGAGGAUUCUGAUUAAUAGGAGGGAGGAGAAGAGAAGGAAAAUACCCGGGCAGAGACGAACGCUGGGAGGAUUAUACACGAUAUCGACGAUUCGACAUACUCAGAGCGAGAGCUCGACAAAGACAAAACAGGGACAAGAUCCCACAGUACAUACACUCCGAGUCACCAUGUUCAUCGAUCAGCCGCGUCUGUCGCGGCGUGAGAUGAAGGGAGCCCAGAUGGGUCAAGUUAUAGGCUCCAUAAUACUCGGCCUCGCUGCCAGCGUAAUCGCCUACUACUUCCUCCGCAGAUUCCGCCGCAGCCAUUCCGAACCAACAUACCUACCAACCGCCUACCUCAAGCGCAAAUGGAUACACUGGGACGUCCCCCAAAGUCGCAUGUCCCGCACCGAUGCUGCCCACCUGGAACCCAUCUCCAGCAACAGCACCGCAGGCCCCAACCGAGGCCAACCCCCCUCCACAGGCGACAGCAGCGCCAUCUUAUCCGCCCCCUUCAACUUCGGCAUAAACUCCGCCUCCAAUUCUGAUGUGGCGCUCUCGAGCUCGGCAAUUGACCGCAACACCUCGCUGCGCUCCAUCGCUACCCUCCCCGAAUACGCCUUCUACCCCAAGUCGACAGAGCAAGUUCUCGGCCGCGCCGGCGAGCGCGAUGGCAUCGACACUGUUGUUAAGUUCCCCGACAUCGCUGAGGCCGCUGAGGAAGAGCGUCGCGAAGAUGAAAUGGAAGCCCUGUACCAGGUCCGUCUAGCGCGACGCGAAGAGAUCGCUGCUCGCGAGGAGAGGAGGCGGCUGAGACGCGAGGCCCGCGACCGCGGCGAUCUUGACACUCUCGCUGAACUGAGGACUAGAGGGCGCCCAGAAAGUAACACUAACCUCGAUGCUCUGCGCGCGGAGCACUCGCGCCUGCGUGAGCGCGAACGCGCCGUCAGCCAAGUCUCGUACGAGGGCCUAGGCGUGGCACACCUCGACGGCUCGCGCGUGCGCGCCAACUCCGAGGAAUCCGAGCGCCCCCUCCUCGGGGACGCGGGCGACAUGGGCGCCGGGGGACGCGCAAGCAUGGGCAGCGUCUUGACCUUCGACAACACCGCCCGCUACAGCGAGCGCUACAGCGAAGAUGACCCCGGACGCCCACCGAUGUACGACGAGAUCUCCCUCGGCGCCGGCCGCGAUGUGCCACCAGGAUACAUGCCCAGCGCGUACACCAGCGGCGGAAACAGCACACGCACGCGCCCAGAUCUACCACUCAGUUCCCACCCCGUCACGGAGCUUGAUCUCGGACUGUGCAGCGCAUCACCCCCCAUCAUCGAACGCCGCGCUAGUGCCUCCCCACCCGUUCCCUUCCCCGAUAUCGAGGAGGGAUACGACACCGACGACGCCGCGGAACUGAACAGGCUGAACAGGCUGAACAGGCUGAACAACAACAGUGGCAGCGGCAGCGGCGCGAGCAGUUCCGGUGCCACCACUGCAGCCAAUACAUCGAGCUCCCGCCGCGCAUCAGCUACGUUCAUCGACCCGAUUGCCCAACGCGGUCUCUCUCCUAGCCCAGGCCGUCGCGUCUCUCCUCCCCGGCACGUCCAGCUCCCGCGCACGGCUUCGUUCCCCGCCGUCGCUUCGGAGGGGGGAUUAACGCCUCCCUCACAAUCGCCUUCACCCACACCACCUGGCGCUGCGCCUGGCGGGGCCUCUGGUGGCUCUAGCGGGGCUGGAAAUGCGAGUGGAGACCCGGCGCCACGUCGUAUGUCGACGCUCGCGCGGAGGAGAAUCUCGGUGAAUGACUUGAUGGGCACGGUUGGGCGGGCGGCGGAGGAUGUGGUGCCGCAGAAGACGUCGUAUGUGUUGCAUACCCCGCCGAUGCCCUCUACUACGCCACCGCUGGGUGAAAGGAGGAGGAGUUCGUUUAUGGGACUCCCCCGCCUAGGAGGUGGAGGUGGAGGUAAUGGAGGACAGGUGCAAGGAGGACUAGGUGUUGGACCUAGUAUCGUUGUUGAGAGCGCUACACCUGUCGUUGGACCCGGUGGGGGGGGGAGGGGUGCGCUAGGGUGGGAGAAUGAGAGAGCUGGUGGUUAAGUCGAGAUAUAAUUGCCGAAUUGUGUGAUAUAUGUGGUGAUAAGCCAGGA